AUGGCGAGCCUCCGGGGAUUGUCGAGACCGGCCCGCAGCCUCCCACUUUCCCAACUAUCCCGCCAGACCUUCACAGCCGGCUCGAUAAGAUGCGCCUCGUCACAAGCGGCAGAGGCCGCCGCGCCAGUCCUGAACGAGCUUGAACAGUCGACACUCAUGGCGCCACAGUUGAGUCCGGAGGAGAAGAAGGAGUUUAGGCCAUGGAAGCGCGGAGCGGACAGGAAGUUCCAGCUGCCCGGCGGGAGAUACCAAUUCCACCCCCCAAAGUACCAACGGGGCCCUCUCCACCCCAUCCAGUCCCCUCCGUCUUCAGACCCUGUCGCGCGGGACUUUGUCCCAGGCCCCUUCAACCUGCCCCGCCUAAAACAAACCUACCACUCGACCAUCGCCCCCGACCUCAUGACCCUCACCUACAUGCACGUACCGCCAGGGACACCGCCCAAACCAGCUCCGGAACGCCUGCGCGCCUGGGAUGGCUCGUCCCCCUACCACAAGAACCGGCCGCUGAGGGGCCCAAUGGGCAACUCGGCGCUCCCUCUGAUGGAGCGCCAUAUCAACUUCAGAAACAUCCCCGAGAUCAAGGAGGUCACGCUGGCGAGCUAUGUGCCCGACGCGAUCAAGGACCCGGACCACCUGCUGGUGGCGCGGUCGGUGUUGCUCGCGCUGACGGGCACGACGCCCGAGAUCACACACACCAAGAGCAACGUCGUGCAGUGGGGGAUCAAGGCCGGGGAGAAGGCGGGUGUCAAAACGACCAUCUACGGAAACGCGGCAUACGAGUUCCUCGACCGGUGCGUGCACAUGGUGUUUCCGAGGAUCAAGGACUGGAGGGGAAUAAGGGCGACGACGGGUGACGAUUCCGGGAACCUGUCUUGGGGCUUCACUCCGGAGGAGAUAAAGCUGUUCCCGGAGGUCGAGGUUAACUACUGGCUGUAUCCGGCCAAGAUGGUACCCGGUUGCCGGGUGUACGUAAAGACGUCGGCGACUUCAGACAGACAAGCGCGGCUACUGCUGCAGGCGUUCGGCGUGCCGUUCUAUGGAACCGUCCGGGACUAG